CUAGGUCUGCAUGUAGAUAAACUGUGUCAACAUCGAACUGGAAAACUUCUAAACCAAGAAUAGUUGCAGUUGCUAAAGCAAUUUUUACACUUUCAGUUCGGACUGUCGGUGAGUAGGUUAUAACGGCGACCCCGUUAUGAGCUGGUGUGUAAGGGGCCAACGUCUGAUGAAGAAUUCCAUUUUUACGCAUCUAGUCCUAGAAACGCUGAGACAUGAAUUCAGCACCAUGAUCACUCUGGAUUCUGGCGAUGCGGACUUGGUGUUGGGUAGAAAGAGCAGCAAAGUCUUUAAAGAUCUGAAAGGACUCAGAUUUUUCUUUCAUAGGAUAUACAUAUCCAUAUCUAGAGUAAUUAUCAAUAAUUGUUAAAAAAUAUUUUCUACCACCAAGUGUUGGCGGAAAAGGACCAACUAUGUCAGUGUGAACCAAAUCAAAAAUGUGUGUUGACAGGCGUGUAGCGCGUUUGGGAAUGGCUGCUGCUUUGGAUUUGGCCUUUUUGCAGAUAGCACAAUCCAAAAACACCUUACACCCCUUUAGAUCCAAACCUUUUGCGAACUCCGGCAUCUUCCUAAGAACACGGAAACUGGCAUGCCCCAAUCUUCUAUGCCAUUUAUGGAUACACCUGAAAUGCAAAGGUUUACCAGUUAGUGAAUUCUCAACAUUAACAGUUUUAUGAGGAACCUCAGGCUUGCUCUGAGCAACCUGUUUCCUAAUUUUCUUUUUGUUGGCUUUAGAAGCCUUUGGAGUAGCAACAGGAUCUCUCACUGGAGCAUCUCUCUCUGGGCCUGUGCUCUUCCCUUUUGGAGUUUGUAUACUUGCCUGUGUUUGCGGUUUAGGCUUUGGCUUUAAGUAAUAAGCACUACCAAUUAACAUGGUUUCAGCAACAAUAUCUCCAUCUUUAACUAUGUAAUUUGCUUUUUCAAGGUGGUGAACCUGGAACUUUAAUGCUCUAGACAAGUGACUCUGACUAAGCAAAUUACUGGUUGCUGUUGGUAUGUAAUAAACAUCAGGAAUGAAUGCAUUGAGUUCUUCAACAUAAACAGUUCCUUUUCCUUUGACCUGACAAGGAUGAUUUGAAAAAGAAUAAAAUUCACGUAGUUCAGGUUCAGGCUCGUGCAUCUCUGUGAAAAUUUCCUUUCUGUAGGUAACAUGCAAAGCUGCUCCACUGUCCAAAGUCCACAGGAGUCAUCUGUCGUACUCUGGUUGAGGUUGUGGAUCAUUGGUUAAAGCCAAUGUGGCGAGUGGAGCUUGUGGUUCAUGCCGGGGACCACGACAACCUUGUCUACCGCCUCUGCCUCUGCCUCUGGAGUCUGUUCCUCUGGGCUGGUUUCAAUCUUGAACCAUGGAACUCAGACAUGAGCAAACAUGAAGAUUCAAUUGAAACAGGCCUGUAGCAAUUUUCCAAUUGGACCCAACUUUGUUGGGCUGUUGCAUCAGGCAGAAAGGAGUCCAUGGCUGAGCAGGAGGAUUAAAAACCAUACAGUGAGUACCUUCUCUGCGAAGUAACAAUCCAAUCUCACUGACCCCAGGCCUUAUAAUUCUGUCCUGACAUCUUUAAUUUCGACUCAUCAGCUAGUGGAGCAACAGAAAAUGCCUGGUGAUUCAUGGCAGGGGACGUGGAAGGGUUUAGUUCCUCCAUCCAUGACACCAGCGUCUCAGCUGGGUUCAGAACACUGUAUGAGGAGGGAUUACUGCUUGAUGUCACUCUUGUCAUUGAGGAUCACCAAUUUCAAGCUCAUAAAGCACUUCUUGCCACCCAAAGUGAUUACUUCAGGAUUAUGUUUACUGCUGAUAUGAGGGAACGAGAUCAGGACAAAAUCUACUUAAAAGGACUGACAGCAACAGGCUUCAGCCAUGUUCUCCAGUUCAUGUACUAUGGAACUAUUGAACUGAGCAUGAGCACUGUUCAUGAGAUCCUGCAGGCUGCCAUGUAUGUUCAACUUAUUGAAGUGGUGAAGUUCUGCUGCUCCUUUCUUUUAGCAAAAAUAUGUUUGGAAAACUGUGCAGAAAUUAUGAGACUUUUAGAUGAUUUUGGUGUAAACAUUGAAGGAGUAAGAGAAAAACUGGAUUCCUUUUUGUUAGAAAAUUUUGUGCCUCUCAUGGCCAGACCUGAUUUUUUGUCCUGUCUCAGUUUUGAAAAGCUUAUGACUUAUUUGGAUAAUGAUCAUCUGAGCAGAUUCCCAGAGAUAGAACUCUAUGAGGCUGUUCAGACUUGGCUGCGGCAUGAUAGAAGACGCUGGAGACAUACUGACACCAUCAUUCAGAAUAUCAGAUUUUGUUUGAUGACACCAUCCAGUGUUUUUGAAAAGGUGAAAACUUCAGAAUUUUAUCGUUAUUCCAGGCAGUUGCGGCAUGAAGUGGAGCAGGCUAUGAAUUACUUCCAUAGUGUGCAUCAACAGCCUUUGAUGGAAAUGAAAUCAAAUCGCAUUCGUUCUGCCAAACCCCAGACUGCAGUAUUUAGAGGAAUGAUAGGACACAGCAUGGUAAAUAGCAAAAUACUCCUUCUGCACAAGCCAAGGGUCUGGUGGGAGUUAGAAGGCCCACAAGUACCUUUGAGACCAGAUUGCCUUGCUAUUGUUAAUAAUUUUGUGUUCUUAUUGGGUGGGGAAGAGUUGGGGCCAGAUGGUGAAUUUCAUGCUUCCUCCAAGGUGUUCCGAUAUGAUCCAAGGCAAAACUCUUGGUUGCGAAUGGCAGAUAUGUCUGUGCCACGGUCAGAAUUUGCUGUUGGUGUUAUUGGAAGAUAUAUCUAUGCAGUAGCUGGAAGAACAAGAGAUGAAACAUUUUAUUCAACCGAACGAUAUGAUAUUACAGAAGAUAAGUGGGAAUUUGUAGAUCCUUAUCCGGUCAAUAAAUACGGACAUGAAGGAACUGUUCUUGGCAGCAAAUUGUACAUCACUGGUGGAAUAACGUCGUCUUCUACAUCCAAGCAGGUGUGUGUAUUUGAUCCCAGUAAAGAAGGAACUGUGGAGCAGCGAACAAGAAGGACUCAAGUGGUGACUAAUUGUUGGGAAAACAAAUGCAAAAUGAAUUAUGCAAGAUGUUUUCACAAAAUGCUUUCCUAUAAUGGCAAGCUUUAUGUUUUUGGAGGUGUCUGUGUAAUCCUGAGAGCCUCGUUUGAAUCUCAAGGCUGCCCUUCUACAGAGGUUUACGAUCCAGAUACUGAUCAAUGGACAAUUUUGGCUUCUAUGCCAAUUGGUAGAAGUGGCCAUGGUGUGGCUGUUCUGGACAAGCAGAUAAUGGUUCUUGGAGGCCUUUGUUACAAUGGUCACUACAGUGAUUCAAUUCUUACUUUUGAUCCUGAAGAUAAUAAAUGGAAAGAAGAUGAAUAUCCAAGAAUGCCCUGCAAACUUGAUGGUUUACAAGUUUGUAGCCUACAUUUUCCCGAAUAUGUGCUAGAACAUGUUAGACGUUGUAAUUAAAAGACUCAAGAAGAAAGUAUUCAUGAGAAAAGCAGAGUAAAGUAGAGGGAAAUAAAGCAAAUAUCAUUGACUUGUGUUAUAUACAUCUUAAUAAAGAAAAAAGUGUA